AUGGGCAACCAAGGACCGUUUGACAUGGUGAUUCAAGAAGAAGAAAUAAUUAGAUAUCAACGUGCCGUAUCUCGGCUCAUUUGUAAGCUUGAUCGACGACUUAUUCCAUUUUUGGCAUUAUUGGAGAUUGCUAGAUUUGGCUUCCAAGUCGCCAUAGGUCUUAUUCUUAUACUUGUCGAACAUUUUUCAAAAAAAGAGUUUCAAAUGUUAACAGGUCAUGCUUUACUCACUACUUUCAAAGUUGAUCUGGAUUUAACAAACGAGGAGAAUAAUUGGACGACAUCAGCCUUUUUUAUUGCAUAUCUAAUCUUUGCGAUUCCGAGCAGCUUAAUACUGCGCUUGCUUGGUACAACACGUUAUUUAUCGCUAAGUUUAAUUUCGUGGGGUGCAAUUACGAUCGGCAUGGCUUUUGUAACGAAUGCUCGUCAAGUGAUCAUUCUUCGAUUUUUUCUCGGCAUGGUUAUAGCUGGCUAUUUUCCUGGUAUUAUCACUUAUUUUUCCUUAUGGUAUCCCAAACGAGAACAGAUCAUGAGAAUUGCUAUAUUUUGUACUGCCACGUUCGCCUCCGGAGCACUCGUUGGCAUUCUGGCGUACGCAAGCAGUAAAAUGAACGGCAUUGCCAAUUUGAAAAGUUGGCAAUGGCUCUUUUUGCUUCCAGGACUGCCUGUCAUCCCAAUAGGUAUUAUGACUUAUCUUGCUCUUGGCAGUAUACCUGAAACUGUUCAAUGGUUAGAUAAUUGCGAGAAACAGUUUCUUACUAACCUCCUUCGACAAGAUUCAGGCGUGGCUAAUAGUGAGCGAGCAUCCGACUCGUUGCUCUCAUGGCGACAAGUGUGGUACGUGUUUGUCGAUUGGCGAAUGUAUCUGUAUGCUACCAUCAUUAUUGGCGAUUUGGGUGGCAUAAAAUGUCUUAUGACAUCCUUGCCAUCCAUCAUGAAGGGUUUGCAUUAUUCUAUCGAAGAAGCACACUUGAUGACAAUAAUACCAUAUGUGAUCAGUUGUUUCACUAUAUUGCUAGGUGGCUAUUCGUCGUCACGUCGUAACGAACAUGCUUAUCAUCAUGUCUUUUUUCUAUGCCUUGGUCUACUCGGGUUUAUAUUGAUGAUAACUCUAGAAGAACGAGGGAAAUUAGUCAUGUAUGUCAGCGUCUGUAUUGCUUGUUGUGGAACGUUUUCAGCACUCUCUAUCCUGUGGUCGUGGCUUACAAAUAAUGUGGGAGGUAACACAAAGCGGACCGUAGCUGUUGGUAUGAUGUCGGGUAUUGGACAGAUUGGUGCCAUCAUACAGCCUCAGGUGUUUAGUGGAGAGGACAAACCCGUAUCUCGACGAGACCACAUAAUCGCCAGUGGUUUUCUAGUCGGUGCACUCAUUAUGACUUUGAUUCUACGCUACUGUCUGAUGAUGGAAAAUCGUCGGCGACAGUAUCUGUCAGAUGACGAUUAUAAUCGUGAAGCAGCUAUUGAAGAGCCUUGCGAUUGGGUAAAUAUUGAAGAUAUAUUUACGUAG